UUCAGAUUAUGAUAUCUCUUUUUAAUAAAUUUUUUUUUUUGUUCAAAAAUUAUGUUUCUGAAACAAAAAUGUGAGAAAUGAUAUGUGUAGCUAUGGUAGAGUGAAGAUCAAAACUUUGGAAGAGCAGAAACAAAGGUGUAGUGGGAUGCAUGAGAAAAAGAUUUGAGUUUUGAUCAAAAUUGAAUCUUUUAUAUUCAGACUGACUUCAAAGGUUUUUUAUAGCUACUGUGUAAAUAAUUAUUAGAUGGACGAGAAUAAAAAUGGCUCAGGAAGAUCAAAAGUGUAGCAAUAGUAGCAGUGGUACUUGUGGCGGCGGCGGCGGCGGCGGCAAUUUUGUUAGAUCUUCCAAGAAACAAAAGCCUAAAAAAGUCCCACAAAGAGGACUUGGUGUGGCUCAACUUGAAAGAAUUAGAAUUGAACAACAAAAGAAAGAUGCAGCUAUUGCUUCAUCAUCUACUACAAUUUCACCAACCAAUUCCUCAUCUCUCUCACUUACAACUCCAAAUUUUCAUCCUUCAAAUCUAUCUUCUUCACCUUCUGCAAUUCCAUCUCCAGCUGCUAUUUCAUCUCCAAAUUUGGUGUUUAGGCCUUCUUCUUCAUCACUCCAAAAUAUUAAAACUUUGAAUCCCAACACUGUUCCAUUGACAAACCCUGUAGGGUGGUCAACUGUUUCACUUCAAGGCCGUGAAAAUGCUCACAAAUUGUGGAGUUCUUGUGAGUAUAACCUCGAAAAGGAGAGUUCUGGGGUGGAUCCCCGUUCGGCCUUUUGCUCGAAUUUGAAUCAUUUCUCUCAUGAAUCAAUCCCCAUGUUGCCUCUCUCUAGUUUGAUGCAAAGAGCACCUCAAUUCCAGCAUCAUCCUUCUUCAAUGGUGAAUGAAUCAUCAGCAACUUCGUCAUCAUCUGUACUAAAAUUUCAGAUGGAGCCCCCUUCAAACCAAAGCUAUUAUGGCAAUUAUAUACCUAUGUGGCCAGAGGAGGAAAAGAUGGUUGGCAUGAAGAGGUCAUAUCCCUUUCCUCUAGACAAUCCACCUGGCAUUUCAUCUUUCCACUGCAAAUUUCCUCCAAUUGUUCAUCCCAGAAUCAGCAGAUCGGAUGACUCAGCUGCAUGUGGCAGUGGUCACACACUCAAUUUCGAACCUGUUGGCACACUUUACAGAGAAGGCUCUUCAUGCUCAACUUUCAUGUUGGAGCCCAAUAAUUCAAAGAAAAGCAUCAAAGAAAAUGGAGGUUUUCUCACAUUAGCUCCUCCCACAGUAAAUGCAAUGUCUCAAGGUUCAAAAUUAAGGCACCCUCAACCUUAUCUAGUCUUCCAUGGCACCAAAUUCCCGGAUUUUGAAUCUCUACCUUAUCAAGUAAAUGUUGAAGAACCAAUUCCUCGGCCGGAACCCGGCGGUCCAAGUCACCAGCAACCUUACUAUAGCUUCUUUCCACAAGCAGUGGCACAAACAGACCAAGCCACAGGCAGAGUGAAUAAUUGUAACAAUGGUGAAGUAGGUGAAAGUGUUGAUCUAAAUUUGAAGUUAUAAAUGUUUAUAACUUGUACCCAUUUUCUUUGGUAGGCCACUUGUUUAUCUGUAUGAGACCAUACAAAGCAAGACUUAUUUUCCUUUUUCUCUAAAACGAUUUAACAAGUGGGGAAUUUUAUAAAUUUGCUUAUGCAAGCUUGAGUGUGAAAGGGAAAAACCAAAUCUUGGCCAUGUGAGGGCAGAGAGAAGAGAAAGAUAGUGAGAUUAGAUUGGUUUGUUUUGAUGUUGAAAUUUGAUGAAAGCAAAGUUUGGUUGGUUAUGCAAA